UCAAAAAUUAAAAUCAUCUAAUAUGCAGCAUGAUGAGGUUAUAUGGCAACUAAUUAAUCGAGGUUUCUGUUCUUUUAAAGUAAAAACUCAAACUACAACUUUAUGCAAAAAUGAAUAUAAUGUCUCUGGUUUGUGCAACAGGCAAUCUUGCCCAUUAGCAAACAGUCGAUAUGCUACAAUUCGAGAAAAAGAAGGAGUGUGCUACCUUUAUAUGAAGACAAUUGAAAGGGCACACACACCAUCUAAACUUUGGGAAAAAAUCAAAUUGGCAAGAAAUUAUGAAAGUGCAAUGGAGCAAAUUGAUAAAAAUUUGAUAUAUUGGCCAAGCUAUAUAAUACAUAAAUGCAAGCAACGGUUCACUCGAAUAACUCAAUAUCUAAUUCGUAUGAGAAAACUUAGGCUCAAAACACAAAAGAAACUGGUAACAGUGAAUAAGAAAAUUGAGCGAAGGGAAAAAACUAGAGAGAAAAAAGCAUUGGUGGCAGCUCAAAUUGAAAAGAAUAUAGAAAAAGAAUUGCUUGAACGUUUAAAGAAAGGAACGUAUGGUGAUAUAUAUAACUUCCCAGAGACAGCUUUUGAUAAAGUAUUAGAAGAUCAAGAGAUCGAAUCUGAUCAUGGAGAAAAUGAGGAUGAAGAGGAGGUUGAGGAAGAUGGAGAAGAUAUUCCAGAAUUUGUUGCAGAUGAUGAAAUCGAAGAGACUGAUAAUGAAAUGGAGGACUAUGAUUAUUCUGCCGAAGAAGAAGAAGAAGAAGAUGAGGGAGAGGAGGAAGAGGACGAAGAAGAACCAGUGGCGAGAAGUUCUGUAAAAAAACGAAGAAAACAUAUUGAAAUUGAGUACGAAACUGAAAGUGAACCCAAAAAGAGGGUGAAAAAUGUGAAAUAGUUCUCUUUUUUAAAGAUAAAUAUGGAAAUACAGAA